GCGCGUGUUUCCGCAGAGACAGCAGGAUGCGCAGGCGCUGAAGCUGCGGCCCUAAGCACUGCAAGCUCCUAGGAAGCGCGGAAGUCGCCGCCUGACCCUAACCUCGUCAGGUUGCUUCCGCUGACCCGGGUCCGGCCUCGGUGGCCGGAGGGUCACGGGACGUUGGGCGCGCCCUGCGGACCGUCCCAGAGCCCGCCGCUCGCGCCUGACGCCUCAAGGAAAGAAGCUUCACAACGUGGGUAGAAAAGUCGACUUGUGGUGCCGGACCCAGAAUCCUGUGUGAUGACAGCCACCCAGAGCUGUCCACUGAAGUGCUGGGGAUAGAACCCAGGGAAUCAGAUGUGUAAGGCUGCUGUGACAACUCCGUGGCCUCACCAUGUCCAGGCCCCAGACCCAGGAGCAGGUGGUGGAUUCCGAGGGAGACUCAUCUCAAUUGAGGAGAGACGAGGGAGACUCAUCUCUAUUAAGGAGAGACGAGGAAGGGACCCAGAGCUCCCACCGCAUGCUGGGCUUCAGUGAUGCACUGCUGUCAAUCAUCGCGACUGUCAUGAUCCUGCCUGUGACUCACACAGAGAUCUCACCAGAACAGCAGUUUGACAAAAGUAUACAGAAACUUCUAGCAACUAGGAUUGCUGUUUACCUCAUGACAUUUCUAAUCGUAACUGUGGCCUGGACAGCACAUACCAGAUUGUUCCAGGUUGUUGGGAAAAUAGAUGAUACACUUGCCUUGCUCAACCUGGCUUGUAUGAUGAUCAUCACCCUUCUGCCCUACACAUUUUCUCUAAUGGUGACGUUCCCUGAUGUGCCCCUGGGCAUCUUCCUGUUCUGCAUGUGUGUGAUUGCCAUUGGAUCUGUGCAGGCAAUGAUUGUGGGGUAUGCCUUCCACUUUCCACAUCUGUUGAAUCCACAGAUCCAGCACUCUACAUAUAGGGCCCUGUCCCGGAGACACAUCCUGCACGUAGUCCUCCGUGGCCCAGCACUGUGUUUUGUUGCAGCCGUCUUUUCCCUCUUUUUCUUCCCCUUGUCCUACCUGCUGAUGGUGGCUGUCAUCUUCCUCCCUCACCUCAGCAAGGCUACCGCCUGGUGCAAAGACAAGUUUAUGGGCCACAGAGAGUCUCCCGCUCACAACGUGGAGCCCUUCAGUAUUGACCUGCAUGCACCCCUCAGCAAAGAGAGGGUGGAAGCUUUCAGUGACGGCGUCUAUGCCAUCGUGGCCACACUCCUCAUCCUGGAUAUCUGUGAGGACAACGUUCCGGACCCCAAGGAUGUGCAAGAGAAAUUCAGUGGUAGCCUUGUGGCUGCCCUGGGUGCAUAUGGGCCACAAUUCCUGGCCUACUUCGGCUCCUUCGCCACAGUGGGUCUUCUCUGGUUUGCCCACCAUUCACUGUUCCUACAUGUCCGGAAAACUACACAGACCAUGGGGUUACUCAACAUACUGUCGCUGGCCUUUGUGGGUGGCCUCCCUCUGGCCUACCAGCAGACCUCAGCAUUUGCCCGGCAACCCCGUGAUGAACUUGAGCGUGUGCGUGUCAGCUGUGCUAUCAUCUUCUUUGCCAGCAUCUUCCAGUUUGCCAUCUGGACUGCAGCCCUGCUGCAUCAGACAGAAACACUGCAGCCAGCUGUGCGAUUUGAUGGGCAGGAGCAUGCUUUCAUGUUUGCCAAGCUUGCUCUGUACCCCAGUGCCAGCCUGCUGGCCUUUGCUGCCACUUGCCUACUGAGCCGGUUCAGCACAGCCAUCUUUCACCUCAUGCAGAUUGCAGUGCCCUUUGCCUUCCUGCUUCUCCGUCUCCUUGUGCGCCUUGCCCUGGCAGGCCUUCAAGUCCUAUGGGACUUCUGGACAGAGCAUCCUCAACCAGGCCAGGGUGAACCUGAGGCACAGUCCCAGCUCUUGCCUGGUCCCUGAUAAUGCCAAGAAAGCCACACCAGCCCAUCCUAGGUGCACACUGAAAAGGGUCCUAUGGAGAUGUCUCAGUAGAAGUUUGUUGUGCACUGGGCCUAUGGAUUUAUUGGCCUGGGUAUUGUUUAACUUGUGGAACAUCAAGAUCUGUUUCAAGAGUA